AUGGGCUUCUGGGUGACUUUGCUGAAUGUAUCCACGGGUGUCGCCGAUAUUUUCCUGCGUCUGAGUCCCGUGCCAGACAUCAUCGCAACAAAAACAUCGGAGAAGUGGUCGAACUGCCGCUCAUCACGAUGGUCGUCAACUGCCACCUCUGCUGGUGAGAUCGUUGGUAUAUUAUACAAUAUUGUAUACUACCGGUGGAGUCCCGAGGAAAAGCGCAAACGCCUACGCAAGCUUUACGCGAUCACCUUUCCAAUCUGGUGCGUCGUCUCGCUCUAUGUCGUGCUUGGCGUCUCUGGCGUGUUCGGUCAGACCAAGUCAGAGGUUGGAACGUCUCUCGGAUACGCUGGAUGUCCGUUCAGUUUCUCGAUGUUCGCGUCUCCACUCGCUACGCUAAAGCACACCGGCUCAGGCAUCGUAGAAGCGGUGAUCAACAUAGUUGGUGUCUUUUUAAGCUGCACACAGAUCGCCAUCUACUUCAUGUACAGAUCUGGCAAAGUCACAUCGAUCGAGCUCGAAGCAGGCGAAAAUGCGUCGUUAAUCGCGAUCUCCCCCAAGGGUGAAGUUCACGGCACGGUGAUUGUCGAGAGCCCCGCAUACUACAAACCCAUGCCGUCGCCGCUGGUAAGCGAAAAAGUAUAA